GAGAAAGUUGCAGUAUGGAGAGCUGCUUUAGCCCCAGAACAAGUUGAACAGGAACGUACUGUGGCUCGAGACAGAAGUGCAGCUAGAAAAGCUGCUUUAACAUCGGAAGAAAUAGAAACACAACGAGAGCAAACUCGUGAGAAAGUUGCAGCAUGGAGAGCUGCUUUAACACCAGAACAAGUUGAACAUGAACGUACUGUGGCUCGAGACAGAAGUGCAGAUAGAAUAGCUGCUUUAACAUCGGAAGAAAUUGAAAAACAACGAGAGCAAAGUCGUGAGAAAGUUGCAGUAUGGAGAGCUGCUUUAACA